UCAGUGUGAAACGAACCAACAACUCAAACGAAACGAACGCGAACGCGCGCGCGAGAAAAACAAACUAGAAUAGAAUAGAACAAAUUAACCUCUCCCCCCAACCAAAAAAAAAAAAAUAUAAAACGCGAAGCGCUGUGGCAGAGGGACCCUAACCCAAGCCCCAUCCUAACAAUAAACAAUAAUCGAAUAAACGAAAUUUAAAUUAACAGCGAAUGAGUAAUACCUGAGCGAUUUAUUAAUCGGACUGCACGACCACGUCAGAAGCUGAGCGAACAACCAAGAAUCCACAAGUAGCUGGCACACGGAAAGAUAAAUAACUGCACAGAUAAUUGCCAGUCCUCGGUACUGGGCUCUAAAAAUAACCCAACAAUAUAGGCGGAGACAAUUGCAGGGCACUGGUGCAAUAAGUGGAGGAGCAGGCGGGGGGCGGAGCCCCGAGGAUCUAUCACUUGCCGACUUAUUUUUGGUAAAUGACCAAGAAUGGCCUACGACAUUAGCAUAGAGAAAAAUAGCCGCAACUGUCAGAGGACAUUGACAUCGGACGCUCGGUUUUUGCAACUUUGAAGUCGAGACAAGGGAAAAUCGAAGGAGAAGGCAACAAAUUGCAACUUUCGCGUUUCAGUGAAAAACCCAACAAUUUAACCACACACACACAAGAUAUAUUAACUAGUCCUAAAGCACCACACUAGGUUAAGCAGAGCAAACGAAACCAAGCGAAACGAACAACCAUAGAAACUAGAUCGCAACCAGGAUCAGAUGAGGCAGCAGCCAGUGCAACAGUCGAGCGGGAAAUCAAUGAGCAGCAGGCGGAGGCACAAAAAGCCCCAGGCAAAGUCAUCAGCAGUAUCCACAACAUUAAAGCGCUCUCAACUUUAGAACCCGAGGCUCGAGUAUGCAACAGGCUGGCCAACUGACGUCGCAGCAGCAACAGCAACAGCAGCAGCAGCAGCAACAGCUACUGCAGCAGCAACAGCAGCAGCAGCAACUGCAGCAGCAGCAACUGCAGCAGCAGCAGAAUGGCGGUGACCUCGCCGCCUACGCCGCCUCCCAGGCAGCCGGCGGUAGGCGUGGCCCCAUAAACGGCGGCCGCUUCGACUUCGAGGACGGCGGCACCUACUGCGGCGGCUGGGACGAGGGCAAGGCCCACGGGCAUGGCGUCUGCACGGGCCCCAAGCACCAGGGCGCCUACGCCGGAGCCUGGAACUACGGCUUCGAGGUGUCCGGAUCGUACAUCUGGCCCAGCGGUUCACACUACGAGGGUCAGUGGCAGAACGGACGCCGCCAUGGACUGGGCGUGGAGCAGAUCGGGCGGCAGAUCUACCGCGGCGAGUGGUCGAAGGACGGGCACAAGGGGCGCUACGGGGUCCGCGAGAGCACCGUGUCGACGGCCAAGUACGAGGGCACCUGGAACGAGGGCUACCAGGACGGGUCCGGAUGCGAGACCUACGCGGAUGGCGGCAAAUACCAGGGUCAGUGGCAGGAGGGCAAGCGCCAUGGCUACGGCAUCCGCACCUCGGCGCCCUUCGGAUUGGCCUCCCACCAUCGGCGCAAGAACCUCCAUGCCUCGCUCAGUUCCCUGCGGAGUGGCGAGAACGGGAAUGCGGCCAAGUUGGCGGAAAAGGCGGAGGAGAUCCGGGGCGGAUUCGUCCUGACGGCCAAGUCCGAUAAGCUGCCGGUACGACGCAACAGUUUGACGGACAAGACCGGCAAGAAGGGAUUCCUGAUGGGCCUCAAGAUGCGCAAACAGCGCAGCACGGGCGAUCUGGAGAAGCGGGGCACCAUUGCGUCCGGCAGCAUUCGCUCCACCAUGUCUUCGGCCUCCUGGAUCAGCACCGGAUCCGAGCAGUCCAACCUGACCACAAAGUCCAACCACACGGAGUCCAAUGCCAGCUUCACCAUGGAGGACGAGCAGCUGGACCCCACGGUGGUGGAGACGUACAUGGGCGAGUGGAAGAAGGACAAGCGCUGUGGUCACGGCGUGGCGGAGCGCAGCGAUGGACUCAAGUACGAGGGCGAGUGGUACAACAACCGGAAGCACGGCUACGGAGUGACGACCUUUCGCGACGGAACCGUCGAGGAGGGCAAGUACAAGAACAACAUCCUGAUCACCAGCCAGAAGAAGAAGCAUUUGUUCCUGGCGCGUUCGCGCAAGCUCCGCGAUCGAAUCGCGGCGGCCUUGAGCUCCGCCCAGCGCGCCCUCAAGAUGGCCAUGCAGCGAUCCGACAUGGCCAUUUCCCGGAUGGCCACCGCGGCGGCCAAGGCCCAGAAUGCGGAUGCGGCGGCGGAGCAGGCCCGGAUGGACUGUGAGAACGCGGUGCGGAUGGCCAGGGAAUUUGCCCCCGACUUCAAGCCCUCGGUGCUGGAGCGUUUCGAGAAGCUGCGCUUCCGGGAACGAGAGCGAUUCCGUCCGGGACCAGCGGCUGUCUCGGAUGCAGGUGUUAAAAUGGGUGGGGGUGCGAACAUGACCACGGCUCAGCAACAACAGCAGCAGGGUCAGUUCUCCCCCACGAGCAGCAGCGGUUCGGAUGCCUAUGCCACGCAGGCCCAGCGACAGCAGCAAUAUCUCAACAUGCAGCAGCAACAGCAGCAGCAGCGUCGCAUGUCGCAGCAGAAAUCGGACUCGGAAUGCCCUGUGCCGCCUUCGAUGUACUCGCAACAGCUGCCCGUCUCCCCGCAGACGGAUCUCUCCGGGAUGGUGAGCCAGGCCCAGCCCAGCCAUGCCCAGGUGAUCAGCGCCAUCAAUCAGAUGUACCACCAGCAGCAGCACCAGCAGCAACACCAGCAGUUGAACCAGCAACAGAGCAACCCGCAAAUGAAUCCUGCAUAUCAGUUCCAGCAACAGCAGCCGCCCGGCCAGGCCAAGAUCAAUCCCAAUCUGAAUGCGAAUCCCAAUCUCAAGCAGAACCAGGCACCCAAUCAGAACCAGACGCAGCUGCCCUUUGGCGCGGGCACCAAUCAGGCACAAUCGCUGCAGCAGCAACAGCAACAGCAGCAGCAACUCUUGCAGCAGCAGCAGCAACAGCAACUUUUGCAGCAGCAGCAGCAACACCAACAGCAACUUUUGCAGCAGCAGCAACUUCAGCAGCAGCAGCAGCAACAUCAGCAACUCCAGCAGCAACCCUCGCUGCAUGCCUCGCCCACCCACAAUGCCUCCAAUCUGCUGCGUCGCGCCUCCCAGAUGCAACAACAGCAAAUCCAGGAGACGGCCGCCGCUGCCGCAAUGGCCGCCAAUGCCGCCGCCAUGGCCGCUGCCCAGCAGCAGCAGCGGAGCGGCAGACCGCCCAUGUUGGGCCAGAUGGGUCAGCAGUCGUCCAUUGACCACUUCGACCACUACAAGAGGCCACCGAGUCGCGACUCCUCCAUCGAUCGGUAUGCCCGGGCGGCCAGUCGCCUGAGCGGAGCCUUCGCCGGUUCGCGGCAGACAUCCCUGGACCGAUCCGGUAUCGCCGAUCCGGUGACCAAUGGCGGCGGUGGGACCAGCACUCCCGACGGACGCCCUCGGGCGGGCUCAGUAUUCCGCGGAUCCACCCCGCAACCUGGAGCCGGAACCUCGUCGAUGACUGGCAACGGAUCGCUGCCCUCGGGAACGGGAGUGGGAGGAGCAGGAGGACGACUGUCGCGGGCUGGAACACCCAGCUUGGGAGCCGGAGGACGAGCACCCAGCCUGGGCAAGACGGAGCCGCUCUUCUCGUCGCCCAACCAGCCGUUCGAGGACGUGCUGCUGCGCCAGCGGACCCUUGGCCAGGACAUCAUUCCCUCGCCCCUGCAGCCCAAGCGCACGGAGAGCCUCUACUUGCCGGCCAAGCCGGCCACGCCGGUGGGCAUGGCCAUGGGCGGAAAGGGGGGCGGAGGAGGCGGCGGCGGCGGAGGCGGCAAGAAAAUGAAGUCGGUGCCCAUCAAUGUGACGCUGCAGCGGAAGAAGUCCAUGCCCGAUUUCCAGGAGCUGCCGCGGGCCACGGAGGCCAUGAGCCGCGAGGAGGUGUCCGCCCUGGGUUCCGCCCGCCGGGAGGCAGUGCGUCGCCAGAUCGAGGUCAACGAGCGUCUCAAGGCAAAUCCCUUGCUGUAUUUGGUCAGUCCACAGGUUAAGGAUUGGUUUGUGCGCCAGCAGCUGAUGCUGCUCGUCCUGAUUUUCAACGUCGCGCUGGCGCUGCUCUUUGUCUACAUGCUCACCUAGCGCCGGAGGAUGCACAGGACGACGCGGGACGACGGGGGCGGACUUGGGUUGGGCGACUCGGGGCAGUGGCAGGGACAGGGGCAGGGGCAGCGGAUGGCUCUGAGCCACUGUGGUUUUGGCUGCCACCAAUAGUGCCAGAUUCGCUGAGUUUCGUGGACUGUGCGGGGCCCACAGUGGCCCACAAUUUGCGUUUGGGGGUGAGAGCUAAUAGGUUUUUAGCAUUUGCAGUAACCAGUUAAUAAACCAACUUAAGUAUCUAAAGUACCAUAAAUGUAUAUCAUAUGUAUAACAUGAGGAAACACGCUAAAGAUGGGAAAAAGAAAUCGAAUUACAAGUCUAGACUGCAGCCAAAUAAUGGAUAAUUAAAUUAACUCAUAGCGCAAAACUGCAAUGCACAAAUCGUAGCAAACUAAAUACAUACUUAGACCGCGUGGCUGUGCAGCCAAUCAUUUAAUUUGUCGAGCCAAUUUAACUUUGUAUUUGUGGCUAACCAAGAGUUGGAGAGGAGAUCGAAUAACUAUAUGCAAAUCAAUUUAACGAAUUUUUCUACACAUUUAAUGUAAAGAUAAAGGCAAACAACAAAAAACAACAAACAACACUAUAACCUAAUCAAUGUUUAAUCAUGAUAAAUAAACGCGUAAUAUAUUUAAACUCUGGCUACUUAAUAUAAUUCAUAAUACGAACGCAAACCUAGGCAUAUGCAAGGCAACCAAAAUACCAAAAACCAAGAAACUUUUCCUAUUUGCAAUUAAAAAUGCAUUAGUCAGCAACUUAAUCAAAACAAAAGGCAACCGAAUAAUACAAGUACUCAUAUUUAUAUAUUAAAAGUGUAACGAUGUGGCACCUAUAUUUGUAUAAUUAGCAAAAUUUUGUGGGACCGAAAACAGCACCAACAAGAAAGGAGAAGCAGCUACAAGAUACGUGUAUCAAGUAUCUUGAGCUCUGUUUUUGGUUAACCAGAUAAAACGUUUUCGAAACCAAAUUGAAUUCGAGAAGAUCUGGGAAAGAUUUACGGAAUCUGAAAAUGAAAAAAAAUUAUAUACUUUAAAGCAACGGAUCGCGGUUGUUAAUGAAUGAAGCUGUAUAUAUACAUUUUAAAAUUUUAUCGUAUAACUAUAAUUAUUUUCUUCUCGAUAAUUUACGUUUAAAUUCAUAGCUGGGACGAUGUCAUUAUUUCAAAGUGUUGCAAUUUAUCGUUUUUAGUUUCACUUCAUUUACGAUGUACGAAUAUGUUCUAAAUAUUAUUAUUUAAUUUUUUAUUUGUUAUUUUAUAUGCAUACAUUAUUGAAAAUAAAUAAAACCGCACAUUCGCAUCUUUGCAAGUGUA